AAAUGCGUGGAAACGAGCUGUCCGAAGCUCAAUGUGAAAGAAUUAUCAGUGCAUAUCUGAGUGGUUCUGUAAUACCUGAGAAGCAUCCUGGUCAUCCUAAAAUACUUAAUCAACGUGAUAAACGGACCCUACAACGUAUCGUUCGAAAUAAUCAGUUCACUUCUCUUAGUAAUAUAACAAGCAGAUUAAACUCUAGUCUUGAUACCACAUUGCAUAAUAAUACUAUUAGAAAAUACCUUCAUAAUGAAGGCCUUAGUAGUUAUGUCGCUCGUAAAAAAUCCCUUUUAACCCAAAAAUAG